AGCAGCCAAAGCGCCUCUUUUCCCCUUCAUCAUCUUCCUCCCGUCGCCCCCUAUCUAUCCUCCCCUACCCUGGGCCCUGCCCCCUCUCCCAUGUCGCCACCAUCUUCCGAGCCCACGAGGACCCGACCCAGAUCUUGCCGUGAGUAGCUCAAGUGCCCAACUCCCCGUGUAGUUGAGCCGGCUCAUCACCCCCACCCCACCACCGGAGACGAGCAGACACCUCUUCUUCAAAAGCUCUCUCUUUGCUUCCCCUGUGGCGUUCCCGGAGGUUUUGGUCCGCCGAGGAGGGUUUUGGUGCGCUUGGUAGCGGCGAAUCUUGGCAACAAGUGCCCCCUAGUCUCCGCUCGGUUGGUUGGUAGGGGGUUGGUGCCGGUACAGUCAUGGAGGCAGCCGCAAUGUCGCCAUCCUCCGUCUCGUCCCAGUCCCACAACCUCGACGCUGCCUCCACCAGCGACGACAUGCCGUCCUUGCAAGAGGGCCUCCUCUUCUCGGACAGCCUCAAGGACUUGAGGAAUCUGCGGUCACAACUAUACUCAGCGGCAGAAUAUUUUGAAGUAUUCUACACAAACAACUCGCACAGAUCUACGGUGGUGACAAGUCUAAAAGACUAUGCAGUUGAGGCCCUUGUUAGCACUGUUGACCAUCUGGGUUUUGUGUCGUACAAGGUGGAUAAUCUUGUCAAUGAAAAAGCGGAUGAGGUUAACGAUACAGAGCUUCGAGUGUCGUCGGUUGAACAGAGGGUAAGGAUUUGCCAACAGACGAUCGACCAAGAGGGAAGAUCUCAACAGUCUCUUCUUAUUAAGGCACCGCGGUACCACACGCGGUACAUUUUACCAGGCGCAGAUAUAGCGGAGUCUGCUAUCCAUCCGGUCUCAGAGCCCCCGCGGUAUAACAGGCAAUAUGCAGGUCGCAAAAUGCGCAAGUCUCAAUCUGCAAUUUCCACUCCAGUUAGUAGGCAGACUACAAUGAGGAGUAUCCGUUCACAGUCUCCUACAAUUCGUGAGACACAUCAUCGAUCACGGUCCAUGUCACCUUCUCGAAAAGCACGAGGGAAAUCACCAUCGCCACAGCCAGGGUGGCCCCAGCCUGAAGUUGUGAACUCAAAUCCAAAAGGUAUAGAAACUAGAGCAGAACCAAAGGCAGAAACAAGAGCAGGUUCGCCGAUACCAACUCCCAGUCCCCUUGCGCGAUCUACUACAGUCGCAAGAAGACCACCUCUGGAUCCGAAGCAUUUUAGACAAACUUCGAUGCAGCUCCAUUCCGACUGGGAGAACCAAAAAGACAAAGAGCGGGAGAAAAGCUCGAGCAAAGGCCGGGGUUUCCUCAAGUCAUUGCUCUCAAGACGUCGGUGGAGGAACGACGAGUCGUUGUACAAUUACUUGGACGAGUAUUGAUUGCUAGAUAAAUGUUUCAAACUAAAUUUCCAUAUAGUAUGAUGUUUGAGAUCUC